UCCCUCCCCCACCCCGCGUUGCUGUGGAAACGAGGCGAUGGCGCAGGGCGCGAAGGGCAAAAGCGGCGUCAGCUUCAAGUGGCUCAAGACGCAGGCGCUGGUGCAGUACUCGGACAUGGCGCAUGAGAUGCGCACGCAGGCCGUGGAACUUUGCCUCAACGCGUGCGAGCAGUUUAGCAGCGACCAAAUGGCAGCAGCCAGGAUCAUCAAGGAGAGCAUGGACAAGACGUUUGGGUGUACGUGGCACGUGGUGGUGGGCGAGACCUACGCGGUGGAGGUGGUGUACGAGCCGGGCCACCUGCUCUACUUCUACUACGGCGGCCACACAGCCGUGUGCGUCUGGAAGUGCGACUAGCGGGGGCCUCUACUCACAACACCAGACACUCACCCUCAACACUCACCCUCAACACGAGACACUCACCCUCAACACUCACCCUCAACACGAGACACUCACCCUCAACACCAGCCCUGAAUACAGACGCGAGCCAUGAACCACAGCUCUAAUCCUGGGAUUCACACUUUCGCACCUCCGAUGAGCAGUUGGCUACGUACGGUGCGAAGGAAGUUAAACACAUCCAGGAGUCUUUUCACAAAGGUUGGACCCGGCGACGUCUUCCAUCAAACCUCUAGUCCUCUUUCCCACUCUCCAGCCCCACACUUGAUGUGAAGUUCCCAUUAUUUAUUUCACGAGUAACGUUAGAGAACAUAAAUAUAUUUAACAAAGUAUAGCCAUCGACCACCAUCUCCCUGCUGCCGGCUUUGGGUUGAAGAGCUGUAGACCGAGCGAAGCCCUCAGGGUUGACCCCUUACGCCCCAUCGUGCGGUGCUCACACUCGCUUGGCGCUUGUAAACAUUUAUUGAUAUUGUUACAGGUUUGAAAUGCAGUCGGUUAUGGUGCC